GCAGCUUACGUUAGGCAUUCGUAGAUGUACAUUGUAAGGUACGGUAGGACAUCAGUUGUAUGUCCAGUCUGAUAUGAUAUUGUAGUAAAUAAUUCCUCUUCGCAACAUCGCGGUCGAUGUUUAUGGAUUGCCAGAAAUUGACGCGUCGUUGAACGGACUUCCAGGUGAGGCUACAACGCUUAACAGUUAACAUUAAGGUAACGUUACGAAAAUGCCACUGCAUGGGAAAAUAGUCGUGAUUAAGAGGACUGGAGGAGAUGGGACUGAGUUUCCUCUUACUGCAACGUGCUUAUUUGGAAGGAAGCCUGACUGCGAUAUUCGUAUUCAGCUUCCUCAAGUCUCCAAGGAGCAUUGCAGAAUUGACUUGAAUGAAAAUAAAGAGGUCAUUUUGACAAAUUUGAGCUCAGUGAAUCCAACUCGUGUCAAUGGAAAGCCUAUGCAGCAGUCUGAGCGUUUGAAGCAUGGAGAUGUGAUAACUGUAAUUGACCGUUCUUUCAGGUUUGAGUACCCACCAGCACCCACGCCAAAGAAGAGGUCUUCAAUAGGAGGAAAAACUGAAACCUUCAAAGUUCUUCAAGAUCAGCAAGUGGGGGACACAUUCGCUGUUGAAAAAGGAGACAAGAGGGUCUCUGAAGUGUCCACAGACCCUCAUCUGAAAGAUGGAACUAACCAUGACAACAUCCAGCGAUCGCUGGAGAAAACUAUGGUGGAGUCAAAGGAGGAUGAUGGCCUGCUGCAAGGCAAGACCACCUCCCCCUUCAAGGAUCUGUAUCAAAUGAUCAAAAAAUCUCUGGAUAUCAAGACCCCUCGGAAAUCUUCUGCCAGUCUGCUCCAAACGCCUUCUUCAAGGUUUUGCACACCAAAACCUUGUUCCAUCAGGAAAAAUGAUGGAAGCCCUGUCCUUUCCACAGAAGACAAGAGCACUCCUAAGAAGAAUGAAACUAAAGGGGAGAAUGAAAAAAUAAGUAAUGGGACCCCAAAGUCUGUAAAGAAACAGAGGAGGUCCUUCCAUGCUCCCUCUACUGAGAUGGCCGGACCAGAAGCUGAAAAUACAGCUUCACCCCAGAAGAGAAACCGUGCAUCCCCCCAGAGGUUUACUGUGUGUGAGGUUAUUGAGCAAGUUUCCGCUCAAACGCCAAAGUCGCCUAUGAGAAGGAGAAGCAAGGAGGUCACACCAGCCAAACUGGUGACUAAGGAGCAAGAAGAGCAAGCGGUGACUUCUCCCAAAAUACUUCAGGCAUCACCAAGGAACUCAGAGAAAACUGAACAAGCGAAAGAGACGUCUAAAAAACGCAAAAGCGGAGAACUUGCGGCUGACUUACCCGCACCACAAAUGAAGAGGAAACGGGUUUCCUUUGGAGGUCAACUGAGUCCUGAGUUAUUUGACAAACGACUGCCUCCUGACUCUCCAUUGCGCAAGGGUGCUGCUCCGCGGAGAAGCUUGUGUCUGUCUAAACCCAACCAGUCACUCCUCAGACGAGCAUCGGUCAUUGGCAUGAUAAAGGAGUUUGAACAAGAGCAUCCAGAUAGCCCAAAGGUUCGAAGAACGCCUACAAAGAAGUCGCCAAAAUCCAGGACCCCUUCUCCCAAGGCAGCAACUCCUGCAAAGAGGUCGCCAAAAUCCAGGACCCCUUCUCCCAAGGCAGCAACUCCUGCAAAGAAGUCGCCAAAAUCCAGGACCCCUUCUCCCAAGGCAGCAACUCCUGCAAAGAAGUCGCCAAAAUCCAGGACCCCUUCUCCCAAGGCAGCAACUCCUGCAAAGAAGUCGCCAAAAUCCAGUAGUCCAUCACCUGCAAGGGGAAGGUCCCCCUCCAGGAACAAAGUGGAAACUCCUAAGGCCAACGAACAGCCUAAGAAUCAACGCAAGUCGGUAACUCCAGGAUUCCAGACCCCCUCAAUACAAGGGCGCUUCUCUGUGUCACGCAUCAGCACACCAUCUCCAGCUGCAGAAAACGCUGUUUCUGCCCAGGUGCCUUUAGUCUCUGUAACUCCUAAAAUACCCCUGAGGAGGAAGAGCGCCUCAGGGAAGACUCCAAGUAUGGCAAAGAGCGCUGUGAAAGUAAUGCGCAGAAGAAGUGGCAUUUCACGGGCAUCUAUGAAACUGUGGGCAGAUGUUGUGAAAUUUGGGCAACCCAAGGCUCAAGUGGCUGCUCCAGCUAAAAAAACAGUCCCCAAAAAGACAACAAAAAAGGCUGCGUCCAAACCACAGACCCCUGCAAGAGAACUCAAAGGCCAUGUCAGCACUGGGCAUGCAAAUUCACCUGUUACCAUUGUUUUGAGCAGAGCUCACUAUCAAAAGUUUGUAAAUCCAACUGGUGCUGCACCAAGACUGGUCGCCAAUACUGCUCUCCUUAAAAAAAACAUGAAAAUGGACGAGGACCUGACUGGAGUUUCUGAAAUGUUUAAAACUCCUCUAAAUGAGAGGAAGAGGAGGUCUGUAAUCAACAAGACCAGUGCUGUUAAGACACCAGCAGAAGGCCUGGGCACAUCUGUGGUAGAACCAUCAGUGUUGAACACACCAGAAGGACCAGGCGAAAUGAUGGUGUCCCCACUGAGUGUUUCAUCUAUGGUAAAAGAGAAAAGCUACAACAGUGAGGCAGUCCAACGCCUCCUGAAUGAAGAUCCAGAGUCUAGCUUAGUCAGCGAUGUCCCUGCCUUGGAGAUUCACUCUGAUUCUGGUGAACAGCAGUGCGCAGAUUUGAAGACACACUCUGUAACAACUCCCAAACAGAAGCCAGAAUUACCGGAGUGUCUCACUGGCGUGAAGAGGAUCAUGAAGACACCAAGACAGAAAGCUGAGCCUAUUGAGGACCUGAGAGGGAGACUUCUGAGAACUCCUAAGCAGAAACCUGAACAAUUAGAGUGUCUCACUGGAGUGAAGAGGAUCAUGAAGACACCAAGACAGAAAGCUGAGCCUAUUGAGGACCUGAGAGGGAGACUUCUGAGAACUCCUAAGCAGAAACCUGAACAGCAGGAGUGCCUCACCGGAGUAAAGAGGAUCAUGAAAACCCCACAACAGGAAGUUGCGCCUCUCAAAGACCUUCAGGCAAAACUUCUGGGAACUCCUAAAGCUCUAAAGGCUGAUGCAGGUUUGGAUGAUAAAGAACUUGAAGAGACACCAGCACACGUGCAAGAAUCUGAAGACCAAUCGGAAAUGACAGAAAUGAAAACUCCAAAUGUGAAGAGCUCCCCAUUGGUAUGUCUCACAGGUAUCAAGAGAAUAAUGAAGACGCCCAAGGAGAGAAGUGCUCCAGUUGAAGAUAUGGUUGGCAUAAAGAGCCUCAUGAAAACUCCCAGAGAUAAGAGUGAACAGGUUGUGGAGAACUUAAGUAUCAAGAGACUCGCAAAAUCGCCAAGGCUGAGCAGUAAUGCGCCAGUGGAAGUCUUGGAGGGAGUUCAAGAGCUUGUGGAGGAGCCACUGACUGAUCACACAGGAGUGGACACAAAUGAGGUGGCAGAUCAAAGCCCUCUGGAUUGUGGUGAAGACAUUGCAAAAGAGCUAGACUUUGCCCAGGAGGAGCCUCGAGACAAUGUGCAAUCAGAUGUGAUCAAUGAUGUGCUCCAAAUUCACACGACAAAGGAAGCAGAUGCAAAUGAAGUUGUCGAUCAUUUGGAGGAGGUGCCAAGUGGACAUGAUGAUGAAGAUGCAUCAGAUACCAUGGAAACAGUUUCUCAAGCAGCUAUAGAUGAGAAUUUACCUGUCGACGCAGCAGAUGAGCAUGUAUCUGAAGAACAACCUGAAGUGGAGACUGCCACAGAUUCUGACCAUGAGAAGAAACCUGUUCGUGGCAGAAGAGCAAAAACAGAAUCUAAAGCAGCUGAGGAUAAACCGGAGGCAACAGAACAUUGUGAAGAUCCCGUCACCCCUGCUCCAGUCAGAGGAAGAAGAGGGAAGAAAACUGAAGCUACUGCACCGCCUGCUGUUAAACAGACAACAAGAAGCAGGAAUGCAAAGACCACUGAAAGCAGGGAUGUUGAGAUUGCAAUGGAGAAAAGCGAGUCUCUGCCUUCCAAAGUUGCCCCUAAGCCUAAACGAGGAAGAAAUGCCAAAAAGUUUUCUUCUGCUCAAGCUGAAAUGGUGCCAGUGCCUGAGAGUGAGCAGAGCCCCCGAGUUGAUGUCAACCACGAGGCAAAUGACACUGCAACAGCUCUGGAGAAGGCUGUAUUGAAGCCUAAGCGGGGCAGAAAAGCUGAAAAAUCUGUGCCAGAGCAGCAAGAUGUGCCCCAAGCUGACAUGGCAAAAGAAGCAGGAGCAACUGAAGUCUGCGGUGACGAGCUGGAGGUGUUGCGCAGUGGACAGGAUGAAAAUAAAUCAUCAGAUGCAAUGGAAAUCUUUCACCAGGCACCUGUAACUGAGAGUUUACCUGAAGUGAAGACCGCAACUUGUGAAGUCACAGAAAUGGAGGCAGCUGUCGUUCAGAAAAAAUCUGGUCGAGUCAGGAGACCGAAACUGGUAGAAUCUAAAGCAGCUGAGGAUAAACCGGAGGCAACAGAACAUUGUGAAGAUCCUGUCGUCCCUGCUCCUGUCAGAGGAAGAAGAGGGAAGAAAAUUGAAGCUACUGCACUGCCUGCUGUUAGACAAACAACAAGAAGCAGGAAUGCAAAGUCUCAAGAGAACACCUCUGAUGAUCAACCUGAAAUGGUACCACAGAAAGUUGUGGAGCCACUGGUGGCUGAGGUUUCCACUGAAGCUGUGAGUGACCAGACUUCUUCACUAAAUACCCAUCAGGAAGAAAAGGAUCCUGCACCGCCCGCAGAAGCUGUUGUGAAGCCCAUUAGAGGGAGAAAAACUAAACAAGCACCUGUUGAGCCACCUCAGUCAGAGCAAAAUGAAGUUGUUAGUGACGAGCCUGCAGACGCUCAAGCUCAAAAGUCCAUUCCUGCUGUUGGAAAACCCAGAAGAGGGAGAAAGCCAAAAACUGAUACUGUUGAACAAAAUGAGGUGGCAGAGGACCCUGUUCUCAUUGUGGAGACCAAGCAGCAGGCUCAGCCUCUGCUCAGGGCUAAGAGGGGAAGAAAUGCCAAAGAGGAAGAGCUAGAGAACGAUGUCCAGACUAUUUCAGUUGAGACUGCUAAACCACAAGAGCCGGUUAAAAAAUUAAGGAGAACCAGGAAGGCAGAGCAAGACCAUGUAGAACCAAGAGAAGAAGUCCAACCCGUUGUCCCAGAGGAGGCUGAGGCUCCACUUGUUGCCGAGCCAGUGAAGAUGAAUGAACCGGCAACUGUGGCUGCAAAACCAAGGAGAGGAGGGCGAAAAGCAAAACAGGACACACAAGAGUGUGAAACCCCUGUUGAAUCUGCUGAGGUCCAUGAAGUUCCUAUCGUCAGCUCCACAGGCAAACCCAAACGUGGCAGGAGAGGAAAACAAGUUACUGAAGAGAUCACUGCUGUAGCACCAGAGGAACAACCUGACCAUGAGCUUCAGGCUGAAGAGGAGAAAAUUGCUGAGCCAGAGGCUUCAACCAUCAAACAUGGCAGGGCAAGGGGGCUUAAAACAUUGGUGAAAACUGAGCUUCCACAAGCCAUUCCGGCCAAGAGAGCCCGUCGAGGUGCAGCUGCUCCCCUUGAGGACACCAAUGCAGAAUCGACAGUCCUGGUUUCAGAGUCUGCGCCAAUUUCAGUACAGCCAGCUAAAAGGGGGAGACGUGCAGCAGCAAAGCCCACAACAGAUGAUGCUGGUGACCAGGCAAAUCCCACUGAAGACGUAAGCAGUGCUGUGGUGGAAGACACAAAAAUGUCCAAUAGAUGUGUCAAGUGGAAAGCAGAUUUGGAAGUGUUUGAGAUUCCACAAUUAACACCUGUAAAGGCGGUCCGAGGCAGGAAGUCAAAACUUGGAGACAAGGUUGACACUGAAAGCAAAAAUGUCUCUAAGGAUGCCAACAAAACUGAAGAGAAGGAUCUCUCAGAUGAAGUUGUCGAAGCUCAGCCCAUCAAGAGAGCCAGGCGCGUGGCAAAGGUCGCUGACAAAGAGUUCACAAGCAAGGUGAAAAGUGUUGAGGCUGAGGCACAGCCAAAAACCCGAAGAGGAAGAGCAGCAAAGAAAUAAAUGCAUUUGUAUAUAUCCUUAAUCAUAAUGACUUUUUCCCUUUAAAUCUUUGUCAUUUUUUUUAAGAUUGUAUGGCAUUUUAGAAAGUAGUUUUAUAAAAACGAAGCACUGCUUUUUUUUUUCUCCAAUACAGCAGGGAAUCUUGUUUAAACCCUUUUUAUGUCGUGACAAGUUGUAUGUUCAUUACAUUGCGAAUAUUUUUAUGGUGAAAAAAGUGGUUAUUAAAUUUUUGUACAAUGGGGGAAAAAA